CCUAUCACUCUCUGCUGUGUCUCUGACCCCUGCUGCUGUAGUAACUCACAACCCGAGAUAAAAGCGGAACCACUUUCAUUUACCAAGCAAAGACAAUCUUUUCGGACUCUACACAUCUGUGUUCCACUGAAGGACUCUGAACAUAUCACUUCGCUUCUACCUCUUCACGUAUCCUCACUUAUUUCACUUAAGUCAUCAUGUCUCAGCAGCAGAUCAGUCUCCCAGCCAAGCUCAUUAAUGGAGGUAUUGCUGGUAUUGUUGGGGUUACCUGUGUCUUCCCCAUUGACUUGGCAAAGACCAGGUUGCAGAAUCAGAGACAAGGUCAUCAGGUCUACAAGAGCAUGAUGGACUGCCUUGUCAAGACAGUUCGAUCAGAAGGCUACUUCGGCAUGUACAGAGGCGCAGCCGUAAAUCUGACACUGGUUACCCCAGAGAAAGCAAUAAAGCUUGCUGCUAAUGACUUCUUUCGCCAUCACCUUGCAAAUACUGGGAAGGGACUGACGGUGUUCAAAGAGAUGAUGGCUGGUUGUGGUGCAGGCAUGUGUCAGGUCAUUGUCACAACUCCCAUGGAAAUGCUCAAGAUACAGCUACAAGAUGCAGGCAGGCUUGUGGCCCAACACCAAAAACCAGUCAUGAUGUCUUCCACAAAGCUUGUGACGACCACCAACACGAUGCUCAGCCGCUCCUAUAACUCCGGCAUGGUGGUGUCAGCUCCACCACGAGCUGUGUCAGCCACGCAGAUCGCUAAGGAACUGCUUCAAACCAAGGGAAUCCAGGGGCUCUACAGAGGCCUAGGGGCAACAUUGAUGAGGGAUGUUCCCUUUUCCAUUGUGUACUUCCCAUUGUUUGCUAACCUGAAUCGCUUGGGCAAACCAAGUCCUGAGGAGUCCUCACCUUUCUAUUGGGCUUUCCUUGCUGGCUGUGGAGCAGGAUCUACUGCGGCAGUGGCUGUUAACCCUUGUGAUGUGGUGAAGACAAGACUUCAGUCUCUGAACAAAGGUACUAGUGAGGAGGCAUACAAGGGUGUUGGGGAUUGCAUAAGUAAAAUCAUGCAGAAGGAGGGACCGUCUGCAUUCCUUAAAGGUGCAGGCUGCCGGGCUCUGGUUAUCGCUCCUCUCUUUGGAAUUGCUCAGGUUAUGUACUUUAUUGGAGUUGGAGAAUAUAUCCUGGACAACUCUCCUCUGAGCCUCCUGUCAGCAUAAACAAACCAUAAUGGUUUACUAGCUAUGCAUAGGACCUUCUGGGUUCAGAGGACGCAACAAGUGGCAGCUGAAAACCACCAAUUCAUAGCAAAUCAAAAAAACAAAACACCAUGCAUAUAAUCCUGUUUGACAAAGUCAAAAAGGUGUGAGGGCCUCAAAUGUAAUCUUGUGUAUGGUCUGACACUAUGUUGCACUUAAAUACUUUUACAACUUGUUCAGUAGGCCGUGGCCAAUGUUUGCUUGAGCUGUUAGCCUUACUGUGAUGAGGGACUGAGAGUAGCAGUAUUAUUCAUUCUUUGUCCUGAGACUGUCCCGUUCAGUUUCCCUCUGUGAGGGAGGGGACGCUCACUUCAUCAAAGAACUGUACAUGUUUAUGUGACUUCUUCCAUCACAUAUUUUGUAUGUGUUGGAUGAAUUUGUUGAAUACAAUAGGUUGCAGUGUUAGUUUUGUAUGUUUUUUUUUUCUAUGGCUGUCUUAUGUUACAUAACCUUUGCAUUUAAACAAAUGCUUCAUAUUACAGACUCAAUGAGGCCUUGCAAAUGGAUCUGUUUUUAUGUUUUCCUUUGUUUUCCUUUUUACUUGCAUUCGUUUACCUGUUUAAUAUGACUGAGCAAGAGCCUUCCGUGUGAUGUGGGACCAUACGGUUUGUGAAAACCAUGAACAGUGUCCUGUUGAAUACUUGACCUUAGCCCUACUGUUGUUGAGUAGUUUAUAAAAGAAGUCUUUGUAUCUUAACAUCUGCAGAAACUUGACGCAAUUAUCUAUUUAUCACUUACCAUCAGUGUAGACUUAAACAUGCGACUGACUACCCACCAGUAGUUGUUUUUUUUUUUUUUGGUUUCUGCGUUUAUUAUUAUUAUUGGGCAUUUAUCUGUGAUGAAACGAUGCUUUUGGUCAAGCAUUAUUAUUAUAAUUGUAAAAAAUGACUGUGACUGUAUUUUGUGGUUGUCUUUUUGUACAUACUAUCCAUAUAAAUAUAUAUUCAUUAAAAUUUGAAAUGUA